GGAGGAGAGGGUUAGGGAUAGCAACUCAGCCUCCUCUGCUCUGUCCGUGUUAGCAACUCAAUUGUCCCACUCCGUCUCAGACUUUCUCCACUUCUGCAAGUACGCUCUGGACAAUGGAGUUUUCCACAGAACUCCCUGUGCUGGUCUCCAAUAUUUCAGACAGCUGCCCUCCUGUGGACAUGAUCACCGAGAACACCAUUUUUGGUUUCAUCUACAUCCUGGUCUUUUUCUUGGCUCUGAAUGGGAACAGUUUGGCAUUAUGGAUCUUCUCGCACCAACGUGGCACCACCUCCUCUCCUGCUAAUGUCUUCUUGGUCCAUCUCGUCAUUGCCGACUUGUCCUAUGUGAUCAUCUUACCUCUCCGUGCCACCUACCAUCUCACCGGGGGGCACUGGCCUUUUGGGGAGGUGCCUUGCAGAGUGGCUGGCUUUUUGUUCUAUGUCAACAUGUACGCUAGCUUGUAUUUCCUAGCGUGCGUAGCGGGAGAUAGGUAUCUUGCUGUUGUCCAUGCUGUGAGGUCUCUUAAAAUCCGCCGGGCUCGCUACGCUCACAUUAUUAGCUUUUCGCUCUGGGCCUUGGUCACUAUUUCCAUGGCCCCCCUCCUCAUCUCUCAACAGACUGCAGAAGUUGAUGGUGUGACAGUAUGCUUACAGCUAUAUCGCGAAAAGGCAACGCGCAAUGCUCUGAUUUCCUUAGCGGUAGCAUUCACACCACCUUUCCUAGCUACUUUAUCUUGCUACCUGCUAAUAAUCAAAAGCUUGCAUCACGGUUCAAGACUAGAGCCGACCCUUAAACUCCGGGCCCUGCGCACCAUCGGUCUAGUCCUGCUGAUCUAUGUAGUAUGUUUCUUGCCGUAUCACGUUAGUAGAGCGACUUUCAUUUUGGGAUACAACCACCCUGAUAUUUCAUGUGGGACACGCAGAGGGCUGAGUUUGGCCAAUCGCCUCACCUCAUUGCUCACGUGUAUGAAUGGGGCCUUGGAUCCGUUGGUGUACCUGUUUGGGGCAGAGAAGUUUCGAGGGACGCUCACCAGACUGCUGUGCAAAGAUAAAGGCAACUUGUCCAGCGCAACGAGUGGAGAGCUAAAAGCAACACAUGAGAGCUCUGUCAGUGCCAAGUCUGAGUUUUAAGAGGAAAAACAAUUUAAAAAUCCUAAAAUUAUUCAAAAUACCUCUUAUUCAACAACUGUUUUUGUUUCGUGUUGCUUUACAGCUCUUACAGUUUUGUUUUUUUAAGUACUAAAAUAUCAACUGAACCUGGUCUGCCCGUGCCCAAACCUUUAUAUAAAGGACACAUUCAAGUUUUCCUCAUUCUCAACAUAUGGACAGCAUAUACUGCAGCAGAGGCUGCACUAGCACUGAUUAUGAAGGUUAUUUAGACAGUGAGGAGUCAUUUUAGGUUCAAACCAACUGAAUUUUAGCAUUAAAAGUGGCAACCCAAAUGAGAGACUCAUUUGAGGCCGAUUAUGUUUUCUGAUUGGAUAAUUUUGUCUUGUGAACCAAAACACAAAAGUAUAACAUAAAAAUCUUGGCCAUUAUAAUGUUUUUGUAAUUAACAAUAAAUCAGCAUUACAAGUGUUAUCAGUAACAGCUGUGUUUGAACAUGAGCAGGAUUUUGUAACACCUAGUGGUAAUGUUUGGUAUUGCGACUCAUUCUGUUUGUACUCAUUUCCUCAUUCACUGGCUUGGCUUUGUACAGCUUAUCAUAUGCAAACUGUUUAAAACAGUCUCACAUACAGUAAUACCUACUAUACUUGAUUCAUAAUGACACAAAAGGUGCUUUUUAGUGAAACCGAGAGCACUUGUGAAGCGCUUACUAAACCAUUAUGAUUUUUCUAAUUUCAUUACAUUUGUGUAAUAUUUUCACAUUUCACAAAUGUGUGGGUGAUAUUGUUUUUACAGGUAUCUGAGGAUGUGAAAAAUUGUUGUGUAAUUGUAUGUGGGUGGUUGGAGCUUUUUAUUCAAAUACUAAUAGAAAAAGGGCCGAUGUCUAAAUCCAAUGAAUCCAUGUAUUUUUACCCUAAAUGUCAAAUGUACAAUAUGAUUUUAUUUGACUUUUUGCUCUUUUUUUUACAUUUGUUGUAUAUUUUGUGUGACUUUUAAUAUACCUGGAAUUUGUGUUUAUUGUUUAUAUUGUUUGUGCUUGACCUUUUAUUCAUGUUUGGACGCUCACAUAUUGCUAUGCAUUUAUUAUAACUCCCACAUGUUGCACUAUGGCAUGACAUAAUAACACUG